AUGUUACAGCCCGACGAUGUCAAGACAGAUCACUAUGCCGCCUUGGGCGUCUCCAAGGAAACCGACCUAACCAAGAUCCGUGGAGCCUAUCGAAAGCUCGCCUUAAAUCUCCACCCCGACAAGAUCAAGGAUGAAUCACAACGCGAAUCCGCGCGAGAAGAAUGGCAUCGUGUCCAGAAAGCAUACGAGAUUCUCUCCGACGACAAAGACCGAUCCGCUUAUGAUAAUGGACGAGCCAAGUUUCUCGACAAGGAGGCCAAAUUGGCCGAGCUGAAGCGAGAAUUGAGAGAGCACCGAAGAAACGAUUCCUCAUAUGCCUCGCCACGAGGGAGUGGCAGUGCCUCGGCCCGUGAAAUGCGAAAUGGUCAUAUUGUCGAAGAGCGUGUCCCAAUGGAGAGCUACUUCGAUGAAGCGAUGCGAUUCACCGACGAGCCCAACCCAAUGGGUCGCAAGAACGAUGAUUUCGGCCGUCGAUCAAAGCCAAAGCCAACUGAUGAUAGGAAGAAGGCUCGCGUGCCACCGAGCAGUCAGCGCGCGGCUAAGGACCUUCGCGAAUCGACCAAGGCAUCGAUGGCCGACCGAGCCAAGAAGCUCGAUCGAGAGCGUCGCCGCGACGCUUCCGCCAAGUAUGAAGACAAAUUUGACUCCUACGCCCCUAGGAUAGUGGAUUCGGAAAGUGAGUCUGAAUUUAGUGGUCCCGAAAUCUAUUUACGGACCAGGGAACCCUCUUCCUCGCGACGAACUAGGGAGUCAACUCCUCGGGAGUCACGAUCGCGCCCGACGAAGCCGGCCCCCCGCCGCCGCGAAACCUAUUAUGAGGAUGAGGAUUAUUCCGAGGAUGCCUGGCAAAGCAAGGUGUACGGUGCCCAGGAGCAUAUUCAACGUUCGAAGUAUGAACAAGAUGUUCGACCAAGGACGUCUCGUUCCCCACCUCGACGCCGUGGUUACGACUCGGGGGAACCAGAAACGUCCGCUUCGCGGCGCGCGGCUCGGUCCUCUCGGUCAACCAGGGAUCGCGAUCGUUCCUCAUCUCGCAACAAUUCAUAUGACAAAUUAGACUCCCGCAGUGGAGAUUAUUUCAACCCGCCAAAGAUGCCCUCCGCGACCACCUCGCCUAGCGUGAAGUCGUCAAUGAGACCUUCGCUGUUCACCCGUGCAACCACUGCGACCGCCACUGCUUUUACCCGACCCAAGCGGGAAAGCUCCCUUCGCAAUGAUUCCAUUCGCAACGAUUCUAGUCUCGACCAAAUGGUCCGUGAACAGGUUCCCCCGUCGCGAUCUUCGAAGCUGCGCAACAAUGAUUCCGGUUACUCCAGUUCCAGCACACCGGAGAUGCCCCAGCACAGCCAUUCGCCCAAGGUGACCGCUCGAUAUACAAUCGAUCCCGAAACAAUCACCAUCGAGCCUUCGAAGUCGAAGUAUCGUAUGGCAUCGCCCGAUCGAGAACGUGAGCGAGAUCGUCCCACUCGCACCAUGCCCCCGCGUGCCAACACCUUUGCCGAGCCAUCCCGCAUCGAGAUCCGCUCCGUGAAGCCCUCUGUGAAGCCCUCCCGAACCUAUACCGAUGUCGAAUACACUCGCCCCGUGGGACGCAGCGAUAUCAAAUACUCUAAGGAUAUUCGCCCUGGCGAUGCGAGCUAUUCGCCCAGUCGCGCUCAGAAGAUCCCAUCUUCUUACUACAACGAACGUCAUCCUCCUCCGAGCAGACGCCAGUCUACCGCCGCAUAA